AUUUCGGAACAUGGCCAGCACCACUGAAGUGGAAGGGGAUGAUUCUGGUAAACCAGACAUGCGACUGCUUAUCAAUUCUUCCGUCACGCAAAACAUGAACAACAUGGAGACAAGGAGCACAACAGGGGAACCCAUGGCAUGUUAUGCCGAGGUUAUAGAUGACAAACGUGAUACAUGGGGGAAAACUGUUGGUUAUGAGGAAGAAACCGUGGACAAUGAGGACGAAGAAUAUGGGAACUGCGAUACACUGAUGGUUCGAUACCCCUUAGACCGUGUGCGCCCUCUGGCUGUGAUUCCGAAGAGCAGGCAUCGUGAUGGUUCUAUAUACAAGUGCACACACUCAUGGAAAAAAGAAUGUCUUAUUGCAGACCGCAGUGAGACUAUUUUCGAGCCAAUGAUGUUUACAGAGCCCUCAAAUUGCUUCAUCUUCAAUGGCACUUGCAUGCGGCAUGGACCUACUCACAUGUUGCAAAUUGUAUCAAUAAAGCUGGCUAAAAUUCAUGUGGAUGGUGGGCCAAUAGCGUUGUAUGGAUACAUUGCACUGCGGGAUAAUCUGGAUCCAUUGCUUAAUUAUGUCGUCAAAUUUAGCAGGGAUGAUCCCAUUACUUUGGAGCAGGGUUCUCUCAUCAACUUGGCUGGCCCUAAGCGAGGGAUUAAUUAUCUGGGUGAUAUUUUUAUCGAAUACGAUAUGAGGAUCAAGACUGUUGGACCAGAAAAGCAUGAUCCACAACUGAUCGAUGGCGUAUCAAUACUAGGCAACAUGGGCGUACGGAAUCGUAGUGUGUUCACGAAUCGCAUCCAUGGCAAUUGUGGUGCAGUUGACAUAACCUUUUCAAGUCUUGAAAAUGCAAUUGAGGCGACUGUAGAAGUUGCCAUAUCAGAAGUGCAAAGCAGUUUCAAUCUGUCUCUUGGCUGUUUUACCAGUGGGUUGAAUGAAGAAAUUCGGCUCUUUGAUGGCGUCAUUGGUGAGACGCGGAGCUUAAAAAGGUCUGUGGUUGCUGUGGUGAUAGAUUCUUGGAUACACUUGAAGUUCAAGGUUGGUACAGAGCGAUCCAGUUCCACUGAACGUGAUUGUUUCUUCAAUGCUGGCAACCACGGGUCUAGUGCUCGAAAGAUUAAGACUGAUUUUGCGUUAAUCUCAGUGAAGGUGAUCUGGUCGCCUUUGCCUGAUGGGUUCUAGGUUUAUUUCAAAUUCAUCACACCCUUUGGAUAAACUUUGUCGAAUAGUGGUGCAUGUAACAAGUUGUCAAAUAGGCAGUCGAGUCGUGGGCCUGUGGCAAACAUGCAUGGUUUGUAAUCAAACCAGUGUCCAAGUAGGCAUUUGUACUCUCUGCAUGUGUAUUCGAAGCGGUUUGUAUCCUCCACAAGUGAACAGAUGAUCGUUCAUCUGAUGAUUUGAUUGCUGGGAUGGUCAGCUAAUUCUGAAGCUUGCUGUUAAAAAAUACUGGUUUGCCUGGUUGGGUAAAAAGGACUGCCUUGCCUGGUUGAGAAGGGAACAUUUCAGCUGAAGAAGGUGCUGAUUGUGGAACAAGCUACAACUGUGAAGUUGUUGGAGAUAAGCUUGUGAGGUGACUAUUAUUCUCCCCCCUGGUUUUGUUCCCAGCUACAAGUAGAGAUGGUGAUGCCUCAAGAUUCGUAUGUGUCCAGUACCUAGCACUUUGUUGACAUGAGAAAUUUUAGAAGAAAGGCACAAGCAGCCCCCGGCUAAAUUGAUAAAGCCCAAACUGACAUGAGAGCUAAGAGAUGCUGAUUUUUAUCUGCAUCUUGUUAAAGGGCCUGUGAUUUGCUUUUGU